GGGGCCUGGCGGCAGCGUGGAGCGAGAGCCGCGAGUAAGCCAUAUGGGGCGGGAUGCGGGCCGGUUGGGCAAUCCGAGCGGCUCCCCAGGGAUGAGUCAGAGCAGGCUGGGGUCCGCCUGACGGGACGCGAGUUGGCCAUGCUCGCCGGGCGGCGAAGGCGACUGCUCGAGCUUCCCCGCGAGGCAGCAACUGCAGCUUGUCGCCGCCGCCGCACCGGACUCGCCGCCGCCUCCUCCUCCUCCGCGCCCCCUCGGCUCGCAGUUUUCGCGGCGCUCUUCGACAGGCGCCGGGCGCCAGCAGCUCCGUCUUCGCUCCCGUCUCCUCCCGCUCCAUGGAUCGCAGGGGAGCCCGCGACGGCAGCCCGGAGCUGGGCCGGGCCAAGCGGCUGAGCGUGGGGGAGCUGCGCUCGCUCUUCGAGGCUCGCUGUGCGACGACGAGCGGGCAGCUGCCCGAGCCGGCCAAGAAGAGCUGCCGGCCGCGCAACGGGGUGCUGCAGCCGGUCAUCCCGCAGCUGACCGUCACUGCGGAGGAGGACGGCCAGGAGGCGCAGCGCAGCCCCGUCGGACUCCCCCGCGCAGAGCCGGACGGCGCUUGGCUGACGACGGAGAGCUCGCUGCACUUGCUGCAGUCCUCGCGGCGCCUCUCCACGUCGUCGCUCUCCUCCACCGGCUCGUCGUCGCCCUUCGAGGACUCCGAGGAUGACCUGCUGAGCGACACGGAAGGCAGGAGCCAGGGCAUCGUGCAUCUGGAGCACGGCGAGGAGACGCACCAGAAAAAAGCCUGGCAGACAAUAAAAACAAUUGUCAGUUUGCCAGUCAUCAGCCCCUUCAAGAAGCGCUACUCUUGGGUGCAGCUGGCUGGCCACACAGGGAGUUUCAAGGCAGCUGAUCCUGGGACGAUCCUGAAGCGCUACUCUGAGAAUGAGGAGAAGUGUUUUGAGCUGCUGAUGAAAGAUCCACUGAGUUCCUGUGUUCCUGUCUUCCAUGGUGUGGUAGAGCGAGACGGAGAGUCCUAUAUACAACUGGAUGACCUUCUAGCUAAUUUUGAAGGGCCUUGCGUGAUGGACUGUAAGAUGGGAAUCAGGACAUAUUUGGAGGAGGAGUUGACUAAAGCACGUGAGAAACCAAAGUUACGCAAGGAUAUGUAUAAGAAAAUGAUCGAUGUGGACCCCCUGGCGCCCACUGCUGAGGAGAACACGCAGCAUGCAGUGACCAAACCCCGGUACAUGCAGUGGAGGGAGACCAUCAGCUCCAGUGCCAACUUGGGUUUCAGGAUUGAGGGGAUAAAGAAGGCUGAUGGGACUUGUAACACAAACUUCAAGACAACCAAGUCACAGGAGCAAGUUUUCCAGGUUUUUGUGGAAUUCAUUAAAGGAGAUACAGUUAUAUUGAGAAAAUAUUUGAAGCGUCUGUAUGAAAUUCGUGGUGUCCUUGAGUCUUCAGACUUCUUCAAACGGCAUGAGGUAAUUGGAAGUUCACUGCUGUUUGUGCAUGAUGACAGAGGACAUGCCAAUAUAUGGCUCAUAGAUUUUGGAAAGACUACGCUUCUCCCAGAUGGACAGACCUUGGAUCAUAGGAUCGCUUGGCAGGAAGGAAACCGGGAGGAUGGCUACUUAUUUGGACUGGACAAUUUGAUUAAUAUUUUAGAAAGUAUCUUGGAGAGAUGAGAGAGACUGACUCAGGGUCACUGAAGGACUGCUCCGUAAAGUGUAACUUUUCCAGAAUCAAUCCCUCAGUCAGAGGGAAGCUCCUUGCCAGAGUUUGGGGGACAUCAGGAACUCAGGGGACAUCAGGAAACAGGUGCCGGCUGCCAAAAGAGAUGGGAACCGAGAACCCGUCUGUGAUGAUCCCUGGGGGACCUGAGCAAUCCAUGGUUAGCAAUGAGUUCUCAAUGCUAGCUUCAGAUUAAUGGAACAAACAGAAUGAAUCCUGAACAUUUAGACAUUGGACUGGGCCAACUGCUUACUGGUGAACCAAGUAAUUCUGGGUUGCCUUUUAGUGACCAAGAGUAAAAGUUGCUUGGAGGAUGUAAGAUGGAAAAGAUCAAAGGGCUCCUCUAAAAGGAGCCGUCUUCAAAAAUAACCGACAUGCAUCCUUAUUCACUCUAGUGCAUAGACAGGGAUGUUCGCAUUCCAUGCAUUCACUUGUGUGCCAUACAGCUUGGAACUUGAUAUAGAAUUUAUAGACUCUCAGCCUUCUUUUUCUUAAUAUAAAAUCUAGUUGCCAUGGUGAUGCAGGAAAGUUUGAUAGUGCUCACAAAGUGUUGCUGUAACUUCAGAAUCCAAAGGUUACCUUGGGCUUCUAGGAACCAAUGAAAGGGCUUUUGCACCCGGUGCAGCUACUUGUUUGCUCUAUACCCUUUUGUGCCUCCUCGUCUCUCUUCUCUGCCAGUCCAUGUUUGCUCUCCCUCUUCCAUCAUUUGCAUUUCUACGCCAGUCCUUGCCAAAACAUUGUGCAACUUUCCAGCACAAAAAACAAACCCCACCCAAAAAGUGGAUACAAAUGUAGUACGAACUUAGUAUCUUUGAAACUCAAAUAAUUGUGGGCAGGAUUGCAGUUCUAAGAAAAAUCCAUGUGAAAGACAUGAAUCAGCAUGAGCUCAGAAUUUGGUUUGAAUGACUGUCCUUCCCGUGCUUACUGAGCUGUCUGGUUUUUACUUUACCUGUUGGAGAGGAGCUGUCCUACCUUCAGGAAGUAAAGGCUAAAAAUGAGGGAUUCUGAUUUCCCUUUGGUAUUGCGUUAGUGUCUCUUGAUGAUUCAUAGUAUGUUCUAAUCUUCACCUGAGACUGUGCUAAGAUCACUACACAUUCCCGAGAAAGAUCACCUGUGUGUUCUGAAGGCGGUUUAGGCACUCUUUGGUGGUUGGUGAUGGCCCAGUUGACCUCUUGCCAGCUGGCUUGAAUUUACUAGCAAGCGGAUUGCUUGUUAGUAAGUGAAACAAGUACUAACAAAUGCUGUUGACACUGAAGUGCUCCACAUCCGAGGCGUCAGAGCCUGAGUUGUGUUGCUUUGCUUGCUAAAUGGUGCUACUUCUUGAUUCUUCCAGAUCUGCCACUUUUACUUGAGUUUAUCAGCAGAACUCUGCAAGCAUUAAAAAAAGUUAUCCCCAUCAGAGAGCAAUGUGUUGUGGACCUGAGAGGUGUAACACACUUCACUGGGACAGAUUAUUAAAGAUCGGCUAUCGAAUGAUUGUGGUAUUGGUCCAUUCCAGGCAGGUCUUUCUGGAAUAGGGGUGAAGUUGUAAAAAGUUUGCCUUCGACUUCUCUUGUCUGAAACCAUGCAAUGCCAAAAUGGUCCAUUUAAUGACUACAGGUCCCCUCAAGAUGAGGAACAGUUGGACCUGAGACCUGAUAAUCUCCACAAGCCCAAGAUUCAAAUGCCAGAUUUGUACAGAAACUGAAAGUAGUCUCUCUCUCUACAGCAACUGGUUAUUUUAACAGUUAACCUGAUGUCAACUGUGAAGAUGAUGGUUUAUGUGAUAGGGAAAUGCUGUCGUACAAAUGCCUUCUUCCUGAAAGAAGAGCAGAGCUUAAAGCCACAAUUCAUGGUGGACUGAUCCCUGAGAAUGCAUUCUUCUGUAUUCACUGGCCCAGCCAUUCAGUUCCAGAAAUUCCGUGAUGCUUAAUGAGUCACUUCCUUCCUUAUAGACUGUACUCCAGAGCUCCAUCCAUGCAUAUUCCAUAAGAGGAUGCAAGGAAACUAGUUGCUCUUAUGUUGUAGCUCAUGCGGUCUCUGUGUGGCUGUUCUGGUGAAUCCUGCAUGAUGAAGCCUGCUGCAUAUUCCACCCCCCCCCCCCAGGGACUGUGGGCUCCUAGUGUGAUUAACAUUGUCAUCAUGUAGCCAUGCACGAAACUUCAGUGGCCAGAAUGGCUAAAAUGUAUAUUUCCAAUAUUUAUCCUCAAGCGUGUGGGGUUUUUUUGCCAUGAGCACCCCACAUUUGUUCACCUGUUCUCAGUUGGUGCGCUUUGCUAACAAAGUGAGACUUCCUUUCCUCUGCCAUUGCAAUCUUGUCACAAGACUGGCUUCAGUGGCAACAGCAGCUCUGUCCCUGCUGGCUGCAGAAGGUCUGCUGAGACUUCCUGAUGGGGCUUGUUGCUCUCCCUGGUCAAGAUUUGCUGAUGUCAAGCUAUACGAAGCUGUCACAUGCAACAGAAAGAAGCUACUCCAGCUAUUCUGGCUCAUGCUUGUUCUCAGGAAAUGCACACAAAAGUGUUACCAAAUUCUUGACCAAAAGGUUACAGAUUGCUUAAAACAUUUAUUUGUUUUGGAAUUCAAACCCAAUGCUCAAGAGGUUUCAAUUGUUCGUAGCAACCCUUGACUGGUGAUUUAUUAAAGCAAACGAAGAUUGCAAUUCGUCGCUAAUGGGCCAUAGUUGAAGAAACAUAGGAGAAGGUUAAAAAGCCAUCUAGCAGAGUGGAUGAAGUACGAUUUUGAAUGCUAAUUAGAAACAAGAUUGAAAAUAGUGAUUACUAAAGCAUCAUUUUAUUUUUUGAAAACAUCAUUCAUCUAUAAAGGCCCUUUACUUAUUUAAUGGGAAACCACUCGCAUAUCUAUACCCUGCUGCUGCUUGUGCAUGUGAGUGUUGGAAAGGAGGCUGGCCAGCCGCACGCUGGUAUGAGCAGCAAACCUGUUUCCAAAUAGUCCCUUUGCUCUACUAGAGGGCCUGCUUUACAGUAGUGGUCUCCAGAUGGUGGUUUGCAAGGGAUAGCUGACAGCCCGAUGCCCUCCACAUGUUUUGUACCACAUACCCAAUCAGCCACAGUUAAUGUGGCUAAUCACAUAGGGUCAUGGGAGCUGCACUCCAGAAUUACCUGGAUAGCACUAGCUUGUGCCCCCCUCCCCCAGGUUUGGAAGGGAGUCUUUGCGGAGGGGUGUGCGUGGUGAGAUCUUGUUGCUUGACAGUCUUUAUUUGGGCCUAUCCCAAAGUUUCAAGGUGGGUUCAGUAUAAAAGCAAACAAGCAAUCAGCAUUACACUACAACAGUACUGCAAGCAACAUUUAAAAAAAACCCCUCUCCCUUCUCUAUCCCUGCGGAGACAACACUUCCUCACUGUGGUCACCAUGCAUCACACACAUGGGUGCUGCGCCCACGCAGUGCCACUUUUGGGAAGAUUGCUCUAGCUGAGCCUAGAAUUUUUGGCGGGAGCCCUGCCCACCCUCCCCAUUAUAUGACUAGGCGGGCUCCUGCCAUUUCCCCAGUUUCCUUUCAACUGCUGUUUGCAUGGGGAUCCCUAGCUUUCAGUGUCCUCAGCAUAGCUGUUGAGAGGACUGGCCUUCCACACCCAGCAGCCCCUCUUCCAUCUUUGCCAGCUCUGUGGUUUACCCAGCUGCAGUGCUGCCUUCUGCUUCCCUUCUCACCAUCACGCCAGCCAGCCCGGCCUGGGUUUCACAACGUCUACAAGCUGGUUUUGGUUGCCUUGACGAUCGUGUCCCUUGCCUUGGCCUAGAGCACCAGACUCCUGCUCUUCACCUCUGCCGUUCUCAGCAGCAGGAAUGGCAGGAAAGUCUUGCCCAUCUGUUGCUGAUGUUUGGAACUGCAGAAGGCAAAGGUGACUCUUGAAAAGACCUGAUCAAGAGAGCUGGUGACUUGUACUUUUAUUUCAAAUGGAAAAGGAAAUUGUAUGCUGGAAACUGGUGAAGGGAGAAAAUAGGUGCUAUAGAACAUUGUAUGGAGCUGGAAGAGCAGAACAGCGCCCCCCAGUCUGUGGAUCCAUCUUUUUCCGCCGCUUUAAAAUGCAAAUGGAGACAUGCCUACCUCACAGGGUUGUUGUGAGGAUCCAUAUGCUCUUUUAAUGCAUGUACUUAGAUUUGUGGAAGAAAAGUGCAAUACAGAGAACUGUAUGGAAUUUGUGUAACUAUGAAACAGAAGGGGUCAUGAGCCAUUAAAGGAUUUAAAAUUGUGGAAACUUCGAUCCAGAAAGGGCAGUUGUACCUUUGAGAUUCAGUGAGAAAAUUUUACUAAAGGGCUGAUCCUCUCCUUCUGUUGAAUUCCAUGAGUAGACUUGAGUGAUGGGGGAUCAUUUUUCAAAUGAUCAUGAGCCCGGUCUGUGCCCAUCUAGUCAGAAAAAGCCUUAGGACUUUUUCUGACUGAGUAGGCAUAGAAUUGUGCCUUAUUUUGGCAACAGUUCUACUUUUGACUGCAAACCAGACAAAAAAAGCUUGUUUCAUCAAUAGAGGAUGUUGCUCUGAACACUAAAGUGCAAACAAUAUACUGAUUCUGCCAUCUUAACUAUAUAGAUUGAGAACCUUAGUAUUUCCAAGAUGUGCUAUAAGAAAUAAAUUUAACUGAAAACGCA